GACGCGUUACCGCUGUUCUCCAUUUGACGUUUUGAAAACAUUUUCGUCAAAAAUACUACAAACUUUGCUCUUUUUACCCCAAAUUUCCACACUUUUCUCUCGAUUUUUAAWGAAAAUGGUCAUAUGCUAGUUUAGAGGAUUCUUCUCAGCCAUGGGUCGUGAUAGCAGACGGAGUAGAAGAUCCACAUCCCCAAGUUAUGAAAGAAGAAGACGCUCAAGAAGUACAGAAAGAGAUAAAAGAAAACGGUCCAGAAGUCGCGAUAGGGAAAGGGAAAGAAAUCGCGACAGAGACCAAGAACGAAAAAGAGACAGAGAUAGAGACAGAGAUAGAGAACGAGGAAAGGAAAGAGAAAAAAUCAGGGGAAGAAAAAGAGAUAGAAGAAGAUCAAAAGAGAAAAAUAGAAAGAGAGGGCAUAGUAGUUCAUCAAGUAAGAGUUCAUCAAGUCGAAGUCGGAGCAGCAGUUCUGAAAAGAAGAGCAGAAAGCGAAGGUCGCGCAGUAAAAGUUUAGAAAGAAAACGACGCCGUCGCAGUAGGGAAAGGAAAAGAAAGUCACGAAGCAGAAGUGACAGUUCUUCAAAGUCAAGAUCAAGAAGUAGGGAGAGAGAAAGCAAAAAGUCUAAAAGCAGUAAAGACAAAAGAAAACAGGAUGACGAGGAAAUUCAAGAUAAAGACAAAAAGAACAAAGAGUCCGAAAAAGAAACAUCAUCUGAAGCUAUCGAUAAGAUCUCAGAGCAAAACCAGCUUGACCUUGAGAUGCAGAAGAGAAGGGAACGAGUAGAAGCCUGGAGAGCAAAAAAGAAACGAGAACAGGAAGUCCAGGAUGCUCAGAAAAGAGUACAAGAAAUAAGAAAGAAUAAAGUAUGGAGUCUGGAAGAUGACGAGGAAGAUGAUGAAGCUGACAAUGUUAUUGAUGAGGAAAAUAAAGAUGAAGAAAAAGAUGAUUCAAAAGAUGGGACAAAUGGUAAUGUGAAGGAAGAGGAUGAAGACGUAGAUCCUCUUGAUGCAUUCAUGGCUACAGUCAAUAGCAAGGCUCAUAAAGAAAAUCCUCUUGCGCAUAAAAAAGUUGGUAAAGGAAAGGCUACAUUCGUAACUCACGUGGUGUCCAAGAAAUCUGUCGUAACAAAAUCAGCAGGAAAGAGAGGAGAGUUGAUGGAAGUCAAUCCAGACGCCUUAGAGUAUUCAUCCGAGGAAGAAAAAGAGGAAGAAGACUUAGAAGCUACAUACUCUGGAUACAAGACCAAAAAGAAAAAGGAUUUACAACCAGUUGACCAUAACAAGGUGUACUACUCAUCAUUUAGAAAAGAUUUCUACGUAGAGGUCCCUGAAUUAGCCAAAAUGACUCCAGAAGAGUUGGAUGAAUUCAGAUUGAGUCUAGAGAACAUCCAAAUCAGAGGGAAAAACUGCCCAAAACCUGUCAAAACAUGGGCACAGACCGGAGUCAAUCUCAAAAUCUUGGAUGUUUUCAAAAAAAAUGGUUAUGAGAAACCCACCCCCAUCCAGGCACAAGCUAUUCCAGUCAUCAUGUCUGGUAGAGAUAUGAUAGGAAUUGCCAAGACUGGUAGUGGUAAAACCUUAGCUUUUUUAAUCCCGAUGUUUCGACAUGUCAAGGAUCAACCACCAUUAGACAGAGACGAUGGUCCUAUCGCAAUAAUAAUGACUCCUACGAGGGAAUUAGCAAUCCAGAUACACAGAGAGUGCAAAAAGUUUUCUAAACCAUUAAACUUGGGUGCCGUGUGUGUUUAUGGUGGAACAGGAAUCAGUGAACAGAUAGCAGAGCUCAAACGCGGAGCAGAAAUCAUUGUGUGUACUCCAGGCCGAAUGAUUGACAUGCUGACAGCUAACAGUGGUCGUGUGACUAACUGUAGAAGAUGUACAUAUUUAGUACUUGACGAGGCAGAUAGAAUGUUCGAUAUGGGAUUUGAACCACAGGUCAUGCGCAUUAUCGACUGUAUCAGACCGGACAGACAAACCGUUAUGUUCUCGGCCACCUUUCCUCGUCAAAUGGAAGCCCUCGCCAGGAGAAUCCUAGAUAGACCAAUUGAAAUUCAAGUUGGUGGCAGAAGUGUCGUCUGUUCAGACGUUGAGCAACAUGUGAUGGUGAUUGAAGAAGACAAUAAAUUCCUGAAGCUGCUGGAAUUGUUAGGGGUUUUCCAGGAGAAAGGAAGUGUGUUGGUGUUCGUGGAGAAACAGGAUUCAGCUGAUACGUUGUUCAAAGAUCUGCUGAGAAGAAGCUACCCAUGCCUGUCAUUACACGGAGGAAUGGACCAGUUUGAUCGUGACAGCACAAUAGCUGACUUCAAGAAUGGGGUCACCAAACUCAUGAUCGCAACCUCGGUCGCUGCACGAGGGCUGGAUGUCAAACACCUCAACCUUGUAGUAAACUAUGACUGUCCUAACCAUUAUGAAGAUUAUGUACAUCGUGUUGGACGAACAGGACGUGCCGGUAACAAAGGGACGUCAUACACUUUUAUCACCCCUGAACAAGGAAGAUUUGCUAUUGAAAUUGUAAAGGCGCUUGAAAAUUCUGAAGUUCUUGUCCCUGAUGAACUCAGAAACCUUGCCAAUGAAUACAUUGAGACCCAACAAGCUGAAGGAAAACAGAUCACUAAAACAAGUGGAUUUUCAGGAAAAGGUUUUAAAUUUAACGAAGAAGAAGUCAACAAAGUCAAUGAGGCCAAGAAGAUACAAAAAUGGGCUCUAGGACUACAAGACUCAGAUGAUGAGGCAGAAGCUGCAGAGAAAGAAGUAGAAGAGAUUGAUAAGCGACUUGACGCUGUAUUCAGCAAGAAACCUCACAUCAAGAAGGUGGUGCCUGCUGUUAGUGAAGCAGUGAUUAAAGGAGAACAGAAAGCAAAAUUAAACCUCGCUGCGAGUAUCGCUGCUAAAAUCAACCAGAAGAUCAGUGCUGGCACCAAUACUUUAGAUCCCACACAGCAAGCAGCUAGUCAGAUCAUCAAGGGUGGAACUGUUACUGCACUAACGGGUCUUGAUCUGGCAAAACAACUGGCGGAGAAGAUUCACAGCAAAUUGAACUACGAAGGACCACAAGAAGAACCAAAAGAACAAGAUCAGAAAGAAGUAGAGGCUGAACGAUAUGAAGACGAGGUGGAAAUAAACGAAUUCCCUCAAACUGCUCGAUGGAAAAUUACUUCUAAGGAUACUAUCAUGGCUAUCACAGAGUAUUCUGAAUGUGCUGUUACCGUCAGAGGAACAUACUUCCCUCCAGGCAAAGAACCCAAGGAAGGAGAACGAAAGAUUUAUCUGUAUAUCGAAGGUCCGUCUGAACGUGCUAUUCAACUCGCUAAAGUGGAGAUCAAACGGAUUGUUAAAGAAGAACUCGUACGAUUGGGAACAUUUCGUGGACCCCAACAGACUGGAAGAUACAAAGUUGUCUAGAGUCGUCACUAUGGCGGGGCCACACCAUGCAUGCCUCUACUGCGUGCUUUUAUCUCAAAGUUUUUUUUCUUUCCUUUCAUCUUCUCUGCACCUGUCGGGUAUUUGAAUUUUAAUUCAUGAACUCACACCUGCGAAACCAGAAAUAGAAACAAGGUUUUUCCGUUCGAGUUUACCUUUUUAUAUUUAGCUUCGUAUGCAACUUGACCAUUUCAGAUCACUUGACAUUCCCUUGAGAAUUGUUCUUUUAUGACGAACAUGUUUAAGUAUUUACACAUGAAAGAAUAAACUCCCAAGAGUGGCAUCACAUGGUCUGAAAUGUGCACAACAAACAACGAAGCUAAAAAGA